GUUCUGACAGGAGUUCAUUUGUGUACGGCAAAAAUACAAAACAUAUGCCGAUCGCGCGCACAACCGGCGACCGGCAAAUUUGUAAGAAAAUACGGAUCGUUUUUCGUUUAUUGCAUCGUGCUAUGGCUCGGCGGUGUUUCUCUGCAAUCCGAUGAUGGCACAUUACUAUAGCAGAUGGAAACGACAAAAUGCGGAAUGCUGGAACCUGGAAUCCAGCAAGUGCCAGUCGAAGCGAAACGAAAUGGAGUUAGUCGAAUUGCGGCGAUUUUUCGAGGUCGCCGGGUUCUCUAUUAGCCCGGGACGCCUUAGUACAGUGCAAGUUUACCAGAAUGCAGCUUUAUUGGCAAAUCAUCCAGAUCACAACUUGUUCGGCCCGGUAACCUUUGCGAUAAUGCGUCACAGCAAAACAACCACACAAACUCACAGACGCACACGCAUCUGUCGAAGCUGACAGCUGACACCGUGGGGGGAUCGCGGCGGUUGCAGCACCACGCAGCGAAAACGGUCUCGCGGUUAUUCAAAACGGUCCAGUAAAAACAAACCGAAACAUCUGCAGCAUCCCUUAAAAAGGCCAAGGUUAAUCGGUAUAACACCGCGACGAUGCCGUUCGUGUUCAACUACACCGACACCAUGGAUUUGUCGACGGUGCGCGAGAGGAGAAGAAGCAGUAAACCGAAAGCAACCAUGAGGAAGCUGGCCUCCGGGUUGGAAAGCCCUGGCCGCAAACCAGCGGCCUCGUAUUGCAGCCUGUUGGCGCUCAUCAUGACACUGUGCGCCGCUUCCGUCUGUUUGGCAUCAUUGCUGUGCUCUCCGGCACUGCGCCAGGAACUGGUCAACAAUUAUCACAGAGCCUUCGACCGAUUAACGAGCGAAUCGAGCAGACUAUGCAGCGCGCGACAGGCAGCCGAUUUCAGCGCGAUGGAUAAGGUGCUCGGGGAGACGCUCGUCGGGCAAGCCGAAGCGCACCGGGCAAUAUUGCAGUGGUUCCGACAGGCAAACGCCGUCCCCUGUCGGUUCCUUGCACUACACGGUAGUACCGGCACCGGCAAAAGCCUCGCAGUGAGCAUCAUUGCGCACUAUUACCCGUGGCCGGAGAAAGUGUUCCAUGUGAUGUGGAGACACGAAAGCUCACCGGACGCCCAGUACGCGGCCUUUCAAUCGACCCUCACCGAGAUGCGCCAGAAAGUGUUCUGGCAUGGUAUCUGUGGGGACUAUCUGUUGGUGGUGGAUCAUCUAGGGCCCGGAGACGUCCACCAGCUACUGGCCGACCUAAGCGAACAACUAGUCACCGUUGCCGAGCAGCUACAAAUCAAACUGAACGUGCUGCUGGCAUUUCGUGGCACACCAGCAAACCAACCGGGCAGCCAGGCCUUGGAACAAGUGAUACCGAACAUGGAGAUUGUAAAGUUUAGCGCCCUACGUAGCGAAGAGCUGAACGACUGCAUUCGGCGGGAGGGUUUGCGAUUGGGCUUUACCGCCGGGCAGCAGUUGGAAAAGGCGAUCGCCACCGUUUCCAAACAGAUUGAUGUCGUGCGGCACGGUUGUAAGCCGGUAAGGGCCAAAUUGAACCUAGCUUUGACCAGUCUGAAUGCGGUAGCGUAAUGUUUUGUGCAAUAAAGACAUUUGUU